AUGACUUCUCCAAAUGGGGACGCGUCCUCUCUUCGGGAUUACGGCAUCGCUGCACCUCACGGACCCAACGUGACCGGCAAGCAUACUGCUACCGCAGACAUGGAUAUCCGACACGACAUGAGCGAGAACGAGGCUAGCGUAUUCCAUGCCCUCCUACACCCCGACGAUCUUUACGAUGCGAAUGGGACCUACUGGGCUGAUAUGCCUCUGCGCCAGCGGAUCAAGUUCGUUACCAACGUCGACGCACAGGAGUACAGGGCUGAAGCUAGCUACUUCUGGCAAAUGUUCAAGAAGGAUCCGCUCAGCCCUUUUAGCCAUUACUUUAGGACAUGUGUGAUUCCUGGUGCUGGUCUUGGUUUGGAAGGUUACGUCCUCUUCUCCAUUGGCAAUGUCAGGCCGUUGCUUCAGGCUGCCUUUCCAGCGUGCUGGAAGACGUUCAAAGUUUGCAAUCAGACGUGGACGCAAGCCAUUGAUUACUUGGAAAUCUGCGGUAUCAUUGUCGGCCAAAUCCUGGUCGGUGUCAUCGGUGACUGGUUAGGACGUCGCUGGGGUCUUAUCCAGGACGCCAUCAUCAUGUUCCUCGGUCUGCUUAUGCUCACUGCUGCCUGGGGUGUGACCCAGAACGGCUGGGUCAUUUGCUAUGUCUGGGCGCUCUUCUUCUACGGCAUUGGCGUCGGCGGCGAAUACCCCAUGACUGCCACCGCUGGCAUGGAGAACGCUGUUGGAUCCGGAAAAGUAUCCACCAAGGAAGAUCGUCUCCACCGCGGCAGGAAGGUCACCAGUGCCUUCCUGAUGCAAGGUUGGGGCCAGUUCUUCAACCAGAUCAUCCUCAUCAUAUUGCUUCUCAUCUUCCACCACGGCUCAUCACCGCCCUACUCGAAGAACAUGGCCCAAUGGACCUACCGCGUUUCGUUCGCAAUCCCGGCUGUUGGCACCCUGUGGCUCGUCUACUAUCGUUACUUCAAGAUGAAGUCGGCAUCGAAGCAACUGAUGCUGUCCAAGAUGAAGUCUAACGUAACAGGAUAUGAUGUCACUUCCCUGAAGCUUACCAUCUCUUACUUUGGACCACGUCUUCUCGCGACUGCUGGUACCUGGUUCGCCAACGACGUCUUCUUCUAUGGCAACAAGCUCUUCCAGAGCGAGUUCAUCGAGGUUCUGACGCCGGGCAAUAAGUCGGUCAUGACUGGGUGGCUUUACAACCUGGUCAACGUUGGAGUUUCCCUGUGCGGGUACUACCUGGCCUCCUUCCUCAUCGACAACAAGCUCUAUGGCCGCAAAUGGAUGAUGAUCGUCGGCUUCCUGGCCGACUUCAUUCUGUUCAUCGUUCCCGCCUUUGCCUACAAGUACUUCACGAGACCCGAGAACAUCCACGCCUUCCAGGCCAUGUACUUUUUGUCUUCCUUCUUCAAUCAAUUUGGACCCAACAGCGUCACCUUCUUGGUCGCCGCCGAGGUUUUCCCUACGCCAGUCCGAGCUACUGCUCACGGUUUCUCGGCUGCUGCGGGUAAGGCCGGUGCCCUGCUUGCGUCAGUCCUCUACAACUACAUUGAUACGCAGACCAAGUUCUACUUUGUUCCCUGGUUUGGUCUUGUCGGUGCUCUUCUCACCUGGCUAUUCCUUCCCGACACGACUGGCAUCGACCUCAAGGAGCAAGAGCGUCGCUGGGCGUUCAUCCGCGCCGGCAAGGAGAACGACUAUCACGGUAUUGCGAUCCACUGGAAGCAUCUCUCAUGGUGGGAGCGCUUCCGCGGCCAGCACAAGGGAUACGAUGCGGCCAAGGACUACGAGCAGAAGAUCAAUGAACUGCGCGCCGAUUGGUUCGAGCGCCAGCAGCAUAAGUUUUCCGAGAAGCACGGCUGGGAGGCUGCUGAAGCUGACGAGGAUGACCAUGCCGACGUUCACAACUACUUCAAGCGUACGACUGCGGGCGGACCACUGAAACCCGAGCCGAUGAUGGCGGCCACGAAGAACAAGUCGCUCUCCGAGACUGGGUCGAGGAGUAGCGGUAGCGAUGCGAUUACGAGGGAGAAGUGA